AUGGCCUCCAACGCUGCUGGCCCCGGCGCUGACGGCGUGGCCAAGACGGUGCACACCGAAGCCACAGACCCGUACGCCACCAUGGGACAGUUCUCCUUCGCGCCUGCCACCAAGACCACCGUAGUCACGACCACAUACACCACGACGACCACGUUCCCGCCUUUGUGUGUAAACGCCCCCGGCAGCCUUAGCGAGCGGGACCCCAAGGACUACCCGCUGGCCCACGUCCAGGCUCCCGAGUCGAUACGCAAGUUCUACUUUGAAUCUGGAGGCAACUUGGCCUGCUUCGAGGAGGCAGACGCUGCAUCGGAAAAGGUGCGAGAGCAGAAAUCACUCCAACGCAAUCUACGAUCGACCAACGGCACCCUCAGAAAGGUCGAGUCGUAUGACGGCCCGCCAGUCUUCACGACACCCAGCCGCUCGACGCGUCCGAAACCACACGCUCCUCACCAAGGCCUACGCUCGGUAUCUGGCCGUCGGAAACGGGAUAAUGCAGACGAUUCGCCGCCGCCACCGUCAAUAACAAAGGCCGUCGAGCUUCUCGGCAUACAUCGCCAAAGUAAGAAGCCCCGGCUGGAGCACGAGAACGUUACACGUACGGCCUCCCGUCCCACCUCGGAUGACAUGGAGGAUCCGCAGCUGGCCACACCCGAUACCGACAUGGCAGGCUCUGGACCAUCCAAACUGGCAAAACUCCGCACCGCCGCCCAUCUACACAACUCCAAGCUACGGACUACGUCACAGCAAAUUGCACCCGACCAAACGCCGCCCAGAUGGCGGCUCCAAGAAUCAGGCGCUCGGUCAUCACACUCCAGCGGUAGUCUUUCGGACCAUCGCGAGCCCUCUCCCGAGCACGCCUUCCCCACAGGUGUAUUCGAUGGCCCCGGCGUAGCUGCUACACCCCCAAUCGCCGAAUCUGAUCUGGAACCAGUUGGACCCUUCGCCGACGACGCGUCCUUCACCCCCUCACGCCUCACGCCUCUUGACACAACGUCUGCACAAGACGCGAGCCUACCUAGUCCGAGCUUGUCGCCCAUCACUGCGGCCGCAAACCUCGCCCAACAAACAAAUGGCGGGGCUUCCUUCUCGGGCACAGACAUGGACUUCGAUGCGAACGACGUCUCCGGGCUUGAUCUGUCACAGGGCACCUCAAGCAGCUCACGCGUGGGAGAUUUCACCCUGUUUCCUGGCUCUCGACCGCGUGACAACGCCGACAGCUCUAAUACGCAACUACCCACACCCUCCGCCAUGGACAUACCGAACAUGCUGAACUCGUUCGAUGCUCUGCCGGAACAGAUGAAAUCGUACGUCCUGUACCAGAUGCUCAGAAGAUGUAAGAAGCCGACCUUACACUUCGUUGCGGAUGUUGUUAAUCCCGCCCUCAAACGCGACUUCAUCGCCUCGUUACCUACGGAGCUCAGCCUUGAGAUUAUCGGGUAUCUGGACGUUAAGAGCAUGUGCAGUGCCGCACAGGUGUCGAAAUACUGGCGGAAGCUCACCGAUACCCACGAGUCUGCAUGGAAAGAUCUGUUGGACAAGGAUGGAUACAAGCUGCCGUAUGGCGAAUUGGAGCGCGCUGUGCAAGAAGGCUGGGGCUGGCAGUAUCCUCAUUCUGCUGACAGCUACGAGCGCGAUCUCAGAGCUCAAUCGGUAGCCUCUAGAUCUGACAACGAAGGCCAUUCGGGCUUUUCCAGCUCGGGCUUCUCCAGUGGUUUGCUAGACCAGGAGGGCGCAGUGACACGAUCGUCUUCCAUACGUCAGAAGAGAAAGGCUACCAGUAAACAUGGUAGCGGCAGCGGAAAGAAAGCGCGUAAGAGCCGCCCCUCUACUAGGACACAGAUGGCCCUCUAUUCGCGCCCCGCAGACUGCCAAGAAGGCCCGCAUGCUUUUGCCAAGCGAGCAGAGGCCGCCAUUUCUGAUCCCAAUGUUGGUUUGCCUGGUCUUCGUGCUAUGCAUCUCUUCAAGUCUCUAUAUCAACGUCAUCAUCUCAUCCGCAAGAGCUGGAUGGCGACUGACACGAAGCCGAAGCACAUUGCAUUCCGCGCCCAUCAGCGCCACGUGGUGACAUGUCUUCAGUUUGACACAGACAAAAUCUUGACAGGCAGUGAUGAUACGAACAUCAAUGUCUACGACACAAAGACAGGAGCGCUACGAAGCCGCCUUGAGGGGCAUGAAGGCGGCGUAUGGGCCCUUCAGUACGAGGGCAAUACACUUGUAUCCGGCUCCACUGAUCGCUCAGUGCGCGUGUGGGAUAUUGAAAAGGGAAAGUGCACGCAUGUCUUCCAGGGUCACACCUCCACCGUCAGAUGCCUAGUAAUACUCAAGCCAACUCAGAUUGGCGAGACCCUUGACGGCCAGCCAAUCAUGAUGCCGAAGGAGGAGCUCAUUAUUACGGGUUCGCGAGACUCUACCCUUCGCGUCUGGAAACUUCCCAAGCCUGGCGAUCGGGGCAUCAUGCAGGCUGCAGCGUCAUCCAAUGAUCACGACAAUCCGUACUUCAUACGCGCCCUUACUGGACACCAUCAUUCAGUGCGCGCGAUCGCUGCACACGGUGACACGCUCGUCAGUGGCAGUUACGACUGCACCGUCCGAGUGUGGAAAAUCUCUACCGGAGAGGUUCUGCAACGCCUUCAAGGUCACUCGCAGAAGGUGUACAGUGUUGUUCUCGACCAUGCACGCAACCGCUGCAUUAGUGGUUCCAUGGACAACAUGGUCAAAGUCUGGUCUCUGGAGACAGGGGCCUGCAUCUUCACGCUUGAGGGUCAUACCUCGCUCGUCGGUCUUCUGGAUCUGAGCCACGAGCGCUUGGUAUCAGCGGCUGCUGAUUCAACUCUCCGAAUUUGGGACCCAGAGAAUGGACAAUGCAAAAGCCGACUAUGUGCUCACACAGGUGCCAUCACAUGCUUCCAGCACGACGGCCAGAAAGUCAUAUCUGGCUCUGACCGCACACUCAAGAUGUGGAAUGUGAAGACGGGCGAGUUUGUCAAGGACUUGCUGACAGACCUGAGCGGCGUAUGGCAGGUCAAGUUCAAUGAGCGUCGUUGUGUUGCUGCUGUUCAGCGCAACAGCAUGACAUACAUCGAGGUUCUCGACUUUGGUGCUUCACGCGACGGAGUUCCCGCCGACCAACGAGGAAGACGCAUUGUCGUCAACUCCAAGGGCCACGAGAUCGAAGAUAUCACCGAGGGCGACCUAAUCGACGUGGACCAGGCUUAG